CCUCUGCGCAUGCACUGGAUGUAAAUAAAGAAGCAUGGCGUCUCGCUGUUGUUGGACGUGAAGCAGUGAUCGAUCGAUUAUAUUCUGAGCAGCUGGGACGUCGAUCAAUCAGACACAAGAUGGCGUCUGUGAAGAAGAAACUGGCUGAGUUUUCACUGGAGGCUCACGAUCUGUAUCUGAACCAAUCAGUGCCCUACCUGGACGAACCACCUGACCCGCUGCAGUUCUACCGAGACUGGAUUGGUCCAAACAAGCCCUGUAUCAUCCGCAACGCCUUCAGACACUGGCCGGCGCUGUCCAGGUGGACGGCCCAGUACCUGAGGGAGAAGGUGGGGUCGAAGGUCAUCAGCGUGGCCGUGACUCCAGACGGUUACGCCGACGCCGUCAGCGGCGACCGCUUCGUGAUGCCUGAGGAACGACAGAUGAGCUUCUCAUCAGUUCUGGACAUCCUGGAGGGGAAGGUCCAGAGGUCUGGGGUGUUCUACGUCCAGAAGCAGAGCUCCAACCUUCUGCAAGAACUUCCUGAACUCACCGAUGACCUAGAGACCCACGUUCCCUGGAUGAGCUCGGCCCUCGGGAAGUUUCCAGACGCUGUGAACUUUUGGCUCGGAGAAAAGAACGCCAUCACCUCCAUGCACAAAGAUCACUAUGAGAAUCUGUACUGUGUCAUUUCUGGAGAGAAACAUUUCAUCCUGCUGCCACCCAGCGACCGACCAUUCAUCCCCUACGGCCAGUACCAGCCGGCCGUUUACCGUCAGAAAGAUGAUGGUGAGUUUGAGGUCGUCGAUCAGAGCCACUCAGACAAGGUGCCCUGGAUCCCUCUAGACCCUUUGGACCCGGACCUGGACCGGUUCCCUCAGUACCGACAGGCUCGGCCGCUUCGCUGCAGCGUGAAGGCUGGAGAGAUGUUGUUCCUCCCGUCACUGUGGUUUCACCACGUUCAGCAAUCACACGGCUGCAUCGCAGUGAAUUUCUGGUACGACAUGGAGUACGACAUCAAAUAUAACUACUUCCAGCUGCUGGAGGCGCUGUGUGAAGACGAGGAGUCCACGUGACAUGAUACACCUGAACGCACCACAAGAGACGGACUCACUUUCUGUUUGUUUCUGUACAUAAAUAAAGUUCUGUUUCCUACA